GAUUGGCCUUUGCAGAAAAACUUCAAUGAGUACAUUAGGCUCAACAGAGAUGAAUGAGAACGCUGCAACGUUAGCUGAUGGACAGCAGCAGAAAAUGACUGAAGAAGGCAAAAGUAAGACACCAAGACACUCGCGAUGGACUAGGCAAGAGACACUUGUUCUCAUACAAGGGAAAAAGAUUGCUGAGGAAAGAGCUCAUAGGGGGCGUAAAUCCACUUCUGUUUUUGGAUCAGACAAGCCGGAACCCAAAUGGGACUCGGUAUCUUCUUACUGCAGACAGCAUGGAGCAGAUAGAGGACCUGUUCAAUGUAGAAAACGUUGGAGCAACAUGAUCAGUGAUUUCAAGAAAAUUAAAACAUGGGAGACACAGGCAUAUGGAAGCAGUGAAUCUUAUUGGAUUAUCAGUAACGAUCUCAGGCGAGAGAAAAGGCUACCAGGUUCUUUUGACAGAGAAGUCUACAAUGUCUUGGAUGGGAAGGAAUUCACAGCAGAAGCGUACCAACUAGCUCUGGUAACCAUAACCACAGAUGAAAAACUUGACUAUGGUGUAGAAACAGUUGAAGAAGAGGAAGCGGAAGAGGGAGAGGAAGAGAAUGACAAUGUUUCUCAUACCGGGGAAUAUACUAUGGAAGAUGAUGUUAUGCAUCCAGCAGCGGAGGAAGUUGGAAGCAGCCCACUGAAGGAACACAUCGUCAUAGACAAAAAAGCUAAGUCCAUUCCCUCUCCAGUGCCGAGAUCAGGUACAGCUGAAGGAGAACAGCCUGGACCGGAUUUCUGGAAUAGCCCCAUGUACAAGGACAGAUUGAAGAAAAGAAGACUAUCACCAGAUGGUUGUAUUGAUAGUAAUCUGGGAUAUAAACUGCUGAAAACUCUGGAGAGAAACACCAACAUUCUUCAUUCACAACUUGAUGCUCAAAUGGAAAAUCGUCAACGGGAGAUGGAGCAGCAGAAGGAACAAACUAAUAGCUUGAUUGCUGUUCUCAAUAAGGUAGCUGAUGCAGUAGCAAGAGUUGCUGAUAAGAUGUAAUGCAGUUACCUUGAUUUAUUUUUGUUUUAGAUGAACUAAGAAGUAGAUUUUGAAUGUUUAUCGACUAUCAUUGCUCUUGACAGUGAUUAUGAUGUCUGGUUAGUUGGUGAAACUUGGUUCUGAAACUUCACAUCUUUUUGACAACCAUAAGAUUUUAUUUACAUCUGCUUUCAACUAUGAAUGACAGUCUCUUCAGUGAUGAAUUUAACUAGCAGCAGUCUAUCUGAAAAACUGAUGAUGAUGACAUGAAAAGCAAACACUUAGCAAGAGAAUAGCGUAUAAUUCUUUGCUUUUUCUUCCUUUUAGGUUAUAUUAGAAAUAAACAAGAUGAAUGAUAUGCCAUAAGAAAGGUUGAGUGGUCCUCAAUUAAACCAUUAGAAACUCACAGAAAUGUAUCCGUUUCUUUAAAUUAAAUCAUAGGGGGAGAGGCUAUGUUUGUAAAGCUUCACUAGAGAAUUCACAGGUUCAACCUCAUCUCUAAAUUGGAUUACUUGAUAACGAAUUCUACUCUGUUAACUCCAAUUUAUAUGACAUUAUCUCCAUUUUUAUACCAAAUGCUUAACGCCAUUCCAUUAAUAACACUAUCUUAUAACUUUCAUGACUUCAAGAAAAUGAAGGAAUGGAUUUCACAACAAUCAAGAAUAUUUUAGGAAAAAACAUGGCGGAGCUGCUGGCAGGAAACCACAAAAGUUAAGGAUGAAAAUGAAUGAAUCAAAGCCACCCAUGAUGUUUAAAUUUACAUUUCAUAAUAUAUUAAUAAUAUCGACAAAAUUUUUCCAAGUCAGAAGCAGAAUUCAGAUACAUUGUGAA